AUGGUGAACAAUAAUUUUGUUCCAAAUGGUGUUCUAUCAUCUAGUGAAGAAACAUUUGUUGCUAGGGUGUUAGAAGGAAAAAGAUGGUCACAAAUUGAAGAUAGAACCACAGAGCUGCUUCAAUGUGUUCAUCUUAAUCAUAAAUCAGAAGCACUUAGAAAUAAUAUUAUUUCUUACUUAAAGGGCCUCAUCACUAGCAAUGUCCCUUGUCAGGUUUUUGAAUUUGGAUCGGUACCUUUGAAGACUUACUUACCUGAUGGGGAUAUUGAUCUCACAGUUUUUGGCAUCAAUCAAAUUUUGCCUGAAAAUUCCAUUCAUGAGAUUCUGCAAAUCAUACAGAAUCAAAAGGAAAAUGAAUUUGCUGAAUUUAGGGUUAAAGAGGUUAAGCUUGUCCAAGCAGAGGUGAAGAUCAUAAAGUGCUUGAUUGAAAAUUUUGCAGUUGACAUAUCUUUCAACCAAUUGAGCGGUUUAUGUUCACUUUGUUUUUUCGAGGAGAUUAAUCAUUUGAUAGGACAUCAUCAUAUCUUCAAGCGUAGUGUUAUUUUGAUAAAAGCUUGGUGUUACUACGAGAGCCGCCUCCUGGGUUCCAAUAGUGGACUGUUUUCAACCUAUGGGUUGGAAAUUUUAGUAUUAUACAUAUUUAAUCUUUACAACACUGAUUUUGCUGGACCACUUCAGGUACUAUUUCGAUUUCUGGAGUUCUUCAGUAAAUUUGACUGGGAAAACUAUUGCAUUAGCUUGAGUGGACCAGUGCCCAAAGAUUCUCUUCCUAAUAUGAUAGCCGAGUCUCCAAGAAAAGAUUGCCGAAGCCAAGACUUACUGCUCAAUGAAUUGUUUCUUAAUGCUUGUAAGACUUGUUAUGGUAAUAUGCCACGCAGUCAGGAAAAUCACGAGAGACAUUUUGUUACCAAACACAUCGACAUUAUAGAUCCUUUGUGUGCAGAUAACAAUCUGGGGCGUAGCAUCAGUAAAGGUAGUUUCUUUAGGAUAAAGAAUGCAAUUGCUUUUGGUGCUAAGAGGAUGCUGAGAAUUCUAGAAUGCACGGAUGAGAAUCUAAUUGCUGAAUUUGAUUACUUUUUCAAAAACACAUGGAAUAGAAAUGGGAAUGGUUAUUGGAUUCAUGUAAGCGUUUAUAAUCUUUAUAUAAGACAUAGAAAAUUUGGAAAGCCAACGCGUCAAGAAUCUGAGGAUGAGCAGGCUCUAGCUUCUUGUGAGUAUCAAUAUAAUAACCAAAAGCCUGGUAACCAAUUAUCAGAUGUGGGACUGCAUAAGGAAGAGCCUGAUUGUUUGAAUAAAACAGAAAGUAGAAGGAAUCUUCAGGUGAGUGGAUAUUUGCAUGCGCUGAUGGGUCAGUCUGCUGCUAAGGAAGAACCCGGUGUUGGGAAUAUGACUGAAAAUAGCAGGAUUGAAUAUCUGGAAGCAGUAAAAGGUGCCAAGUCAGAAAACAAUGAGGUAGUGAGGCAGCAAAAGGAAGAGCAUCAUUUGGAGAGUACUACGGAAAGUUGUACGAGUCUCAUGUCCAAUGGAUACCUGCAGGCACUUUUGGGAGUGAAAAAAAGUGAUGCAUCUUUUUCAUCACCACCACCAAAGAUAUCUUUCUCUCUAGAUGUAGUUCAAUUUCCAGAACUACAAGAGUUUCCCCGUGGAAAAAGGUCAUUAAAUAUGGUACAAGACAGUGUUCAUCCACCUGCUGUAAUAAUCACAGAUAGUAUUGUGAUGAACCCAGAAAUCUGUAAAAACACACCAGCUUCAGACUCGACCUCAGAGACCACACUCUCAUCCUUGCCUCUGAAGCCAACUUAUCCUCAAGAAGUCCUUUGUCCAUCAACUGAGAACGCGAACAUCUUCAGGCAUGAGAACACCACUGCUGAAUCUGAUGCCUUAAAUGUUCAUGCGCUUCAAUCACCAUAUGCAUCUGGUUCAUCUGAGAUAGAAUUUCCAUUCUCAAUCAGUAAUAGCAGUCAUGUUGAAGCUUCAGAUUAUUUAGGGAACCAAUUUUCAGAUAUUUUUAAUGGUGAUUUUUUAAAAUAUUGGACAAAUCUUCAAUAUGGGCGAUAUUGUGAGAAUGGACCAUUAGAGGAGCCUUUGCUUUAUCCUCCCACUUUUGAACUUCCGGUGGAUUUUCAAGAGCAAUAUCAUUUGAAUAGGAGGCCUUCAAGUUCUACGAGCGCUGUGGCUCCCGUAGUUCCUGAUAUGCCACCAACACUUGCUUCUGAUUCGCAUGAAGGCGUAAAUCAAAACGUUUCCUUUUGGCUUCCCAGAUUUAGUGGAGGCACUGGGUCUUUCAUGCCAAAUCCACUUGCUUACGACCAGAGAUAUUACGACCGUGAGCUUUACAACAAACAUCAGAUUGCAAAUUACAGAUCUGAGAGACCUGGGAAUUCAAAUUUCGACUCAAGGGGGGCUUCUAGAUCCAACAAUGUGCCAAGAAAUUUGAAUUCUAAUUUCCGGGAAAGGUUUCCCAGCCGUAGCCAGAAAUAUUACAGACCACGUGAGAAACCAGAAGAUAAAAAGAAAGCAUUGCAUCAAGGUGAAGGGUCAAGUAGUGCCGUUAAUGAACUAAAAAAUUUUGAAAAGGGCUCUAAAGAUAUUUCUCCACAUCAGCCCUGA